AUGCCGUGGCUGGGAGCGGGGGAGAGCGGCGGCAGCGCUGGCUGCCGAGGGGGGGAAGUUAAUACGGAGCCGCCACCCCCUCCCCCGGCUCCGGGAAUCCCUCCGCGCCGGCCCGGCCGGAUCUCGCCGAGGGGCGGGCGAUGCCGCUGGAGCGCCGGCGGCGCGGCCCAAGGAAGGAAGGAAGAAUUGCUCUCGCUCCCGGAACGCCGCCGGGCCGCGGGGCUCACCCGGCCAGCGGGCCCAGAGCAGAGAGGGGACUAUUUCCCGGCGGCGGCGGCGCAGGGAUCCCGGCGGGAGAUGUGGCGGCUCCGGUGGUGCCGGGGCGAGGGGCGGGAGGAGCCGCGGCCGCGCGGGGACCGAGCGGGGACGGGAGGCGCAGGAGCGGGGCCCGGCCCGGGGCCAGGGCCAGGGCCGGGUCCCGGCGGGGAAAGCCAGCGCUGUCACAUCGCUGAAAUCACAAGAUGUGUGAACCCGUGCUGGGCUGUCUUCCAGUUAAAGGUUUCAAGAGUUAUCUCCUUUCCAGAUCUGAAUGGAAUUCUUCUGCAUCAGAGCUGUUGGAGGGACAGCUGUUCCUGCUCAGCCCUUUCAGUAUCAUUGUUUAAUUUCUCUUCAGUUUAUCUAAAUAUCUGGUUGCCUGUUGCUGUGCUAACUUGAAGAGGUGACCAUUUGCAGUGAGUUAAUGAUGUUUAUGCUCUCUCCUGUGGAUCUCUCCUCCUUUUCCUUCCAUCAAGCAACAUCACAAAAGGAAUAAACUGUGCAAGAUUUUCUCCUUGCAGUUAAUAAUACCAAGCACUCAUUUUGUUGAGAAAAAUGUUCUUUAAAACAUUCUAGAAUAAAGAAAUAAAAUCA